AUGGGAAAGUCUUGGAAAGAUACAAGGCUGAGGUUGUAUGAUGAUUGCUACGAGCUAACACUGUCGAUUGAAGAAAAUAUCGAGAAUCGUCCGCCUGGAAUUGAUCGAGAUCACUGGAGAUGGUACCUUGAUUAUCGCGCCAAACCUGAGACCAAGGAGAAGUGCAAGAAAAAUGCGAUAAAUCGGUCAAAACAGCUGUAUACCCACACUGGCGGUUCGAAAAGCCUGGCUCGGCGGAGGGAAGAAGAGUCAGAACAAGAAGGAAGGAUAAUCGGUAGAGGAGAGUUGUGGAUCAAGGUUCACAAAAGAAGGGAUGGCUCUUAUAUUAAUGAUGAGGCAAGAGAAAUUGGUAAAAAACUUCUGGAGAUUGAGCAACUGGAUGAGUCUUCUAGAGUCUUGUCCCAAAAUGACUCCCUUGCUCAGGUUUUCGGAAGAGAGAAACCGGGUAGAGUGCGUGGAGUGAGUUUCGGACCGACUCCUAGUCAACUCUUUGGUACAAAUUUCCAACCAUCAGUAAACAGAGUCCAAGAAGAGGAGACGCAAAGGAAGCUGAAUGAACUACAGACAGAACUGGAAGCCGAGAAGUUGAAAAGAAAGGCGAUGGAAGAUGAAGCAGCAGCAGACAAGAAAAGGAUAAAGGUAAUGGAGAGUGCUUUGAUUUAUCUUUUUCAACGGCAGGGUGAGGAGCUGCCACCAGAGAUUGCUGCAGGGAUGUGUUCAAUGGAAUGA